AUGGCUUGCGACCAAAGCAAAUUCGCCGCCUUUCACUGUCUACCGGAGGAAGAUCCCGCGAAUAUCAUCGAAAUCUCGAGCGAUGAGGAGGAAAUAGCCCAAACAGCCCCCCCACACCUGGAGCAAGUAGAGACGACUCCCGAGGAGACCGAACCUGAUGCCGAGGCCAGGGCCAAGGCCGCUGCGUUUCGAAGGACAAUCAGAACGAGCAUACCUGUCCACUUUCUAAAUGGCCCGGUACGGCUGCGCAUCCGGGCAGCUGCUAUCUGUAUGCUAGAGACUGCGAUGAGCUCCGGCACCACCCUCGAUGCCGUUUAUAUUGACGACAACUGUCUGCCGGCGUGGCCCGGCCGCGUGUGGGACCCGAAAGCGCAGUCGCUUCACGAGGCCAUGCAGUCGCGGCUCGCAGAGUGCCUCGACGCACAGGAGCUCGGCCGGAGCCUCUCCGCGGCCAUUAUCGAAAUCGGAAACUGGCGCCUCCAGGAAGCUGUCGCGCUGGGGCUGCAGCUCCAGGAUCUGACAAUUGGUGAAAAUCUGCUGCCGACAUGGCCCGGCCGGGACGGCGGUGGCAGCAGCCCCGGCGACGCAGCAGCCAGCGACGACGAGACCAUGAUGGAGAUUGGCAGCAGCGUGCACAGCAACGACCUGGCGCCGCCCCCACGGUCUACAAGCCGAGCCGCGGCGCAUCAGCGCCAUCCCGCGAGCGCGUGGAGCUCCGACACGGACUCCACCUACGACUCUGAGUCCGAGCGCCCCGCAUCCGACUACGACGACGAAGCCAGCCUUUUCAACUUUGUCUCCCAGAGCCCGGCGGCAGACGACAAUGACGAGAGCGCGCCGCUUAACAACGUCGUCCACGGCGUCGACGUUUAUGGCGGGCCGUUUCGCGAGGGUGGCGGCGACCCGGUCGACUUUGAGGUGUACGCUGCCGAGAACGACCCCGACGUGGAACAGCUGCCAGAAGCGGAGCUGCUGAUUGACGAGGAGGCGUUUGCGCACCACCACCACCUGGAGGACGCGGUGGAGAUUGAGAUAACCGACAGCGAAAUCUACUGCGUUGUGCCGUGCCAAGUCCAAUUCUCAAAUGCUGCGGAGCUGUUGGAGCUGCCUGGUGAGGCGGAAGAGGCGCAUCCGCUGGAGGAGGUGAUGACGGUACCCCGCGAAGGCGAGGCGCAAGCUUCGGCCGAUUGGGUCGUGAUCUAG